UUCAUGUCCUCCACCUCCUGUGUCCCUCCCUUUUCCUCCUCCAGUGUGUAGUCACAGCAGAGUGCGUGCCCAGGCCGAGGGCAGGCUGCUGAAGAAGCUAUUCAGCCGUUACAACAGACUGGCCCGGCCCGUGGCCAACAUCUCCGAUGUGGUACAUGUGCGCUUCGGGCUGUCCAUCGCCCAGCUCAUCGACGUGGAUGAGAAAAAUCAAAUGAUGACAACUAAUGUCUGGGUGAAACAAGAAUGGAACGACUACAAGCUCCGCUGGAAUCCUGAGGAUUAUGAGAAUGUCACCUCGGUUCGUGUCCCGUCCCAGAUAAUCUGGAGACCAGACAUCGUUCUUUACAACAAUGCAGACGGCGAUUUUGCCGUGACCCACCUGACCAAGGCCCACCUGUUCCACGACGGGCGCAUCAGCUGGGUUCCCCCGGCCAUCUACAAGUCCUCCUGUAGCAUCGACGUCACUUUCUUCCCCUUUGACCAGCAGAACUGCACCAUGAAGUUCGGCUCGUGGACCUACGACCGGGCCAAGAUCGACCUGGUCAGCAUGGCGGCCGGUGUGGACCAGGUGGACUACUGGGAGAGCGGGGAGUGGGUGCUGGUGAAUGCCGUGGGGAAAUACAACAUCAAGAAGUACGAGUGCUGCCACGAGGUCUAUUCCGACAUCACCUAUUCCUUCAUCAUCCGGAGGCUGCCGUUGUUCUACACCAUUAACCUGAUCGUGCCCUGUCUGCUCAUCUCCUGCCUGACCGUGUUGGUGUUCUACCUGCCCUCGGACUGCGGAGAGAAGAUCACCCUGUGCAUCUCCGUGCUGCUGUCCCUCACCGUCUUCCUCCUGCUCAUCACCGAGAUCAUCCCGUCCACCUCGCUGGUCAUACCGCUCAUCGGCGAGUACCUCCUCUUCACCAUGAUCUUCGUCACCCUCUCCAUCGUCAUCACCAUCUUCGUGCUCAACGUGCACCACCGCUCGCCUCGUACCCACACCAUGCCCCGCUGGGUGCGCUGCGUCUUCGUGGAGAUUGUUCCCGCAUUUCUAUUCAUCCGGCGGCCCGCCGUGGUCAAGGACGGCGGCAAAAGGCUGUCGGAGGCCACGCAGAAGAGGGCCGGCGCCACCACCCUAUGGGGUGUGGCGGAGGCUGAGAUUGAGGACAGCCUCCCACUCACCCCCCCACAGGACACCCAAAAGAUACUGGCCCGCUCCUCUGCUGUGAAUCCAGGCCAACCCAUGGAGGGCUUCCUGCUCCCCGAGCUUCCCCAGCAACAGCAGCGGCUCCUGGGUAGAUCCACCAGCCAGUAUUCGGCGCUCCUGAAAGAAGCCUCAUCUCAGCCGGGCUCCUCGCCCACCGCCCAGUUUCUCCAUCCUCUCCACCCACCCACGCUAGACAAGCGCAAAGCAGCCAUGCCCAAGGCGCGCUCCCUCAGCGUGCAGUACAGCCUAGGGGUGAAAGAGGGUGAAUGGCCCAAGACCACCGUGCGCUGUCGCUCACGCAGUAUCCAGUACAGCGGCCAGCAUGAGGAGGCCUCCUUAGCUAAUGGCAAGCAGUGGCCUCCCUCGAAGCGCCAGUCCCUGGUGAAGGAGAGGAAGCAGAGUUACCCAAAUGGCUGCAAGCGCCAUCCAGGCCAGGCCCCCGACGCCAGGACCGAGGACCAGGGUCUCCUUCCCUUCUCCCCCUCCAUGAGAAUGGCCAUGGAAAGUGUGCAGUACAUCGCAGACCACCUCCGCUCAGAGGACACCGACUUCUCUGUAAAGCAGGAGUGGAAGUAUGUGGCUAUGGUCAUCGACCGGAUCUUUCUGUGGAUGUUCAUUUUGGUGUGCAUCCUGGGAACCCUCGGACUGUUCUUCCCACCCUGGUUGGCUGGAAUGAUAGACCUCUCCGUCUGACACAACUGGACUUCGGAAGACUUUGGCCCAUCAACAGUCAAGUCCUACUAACGAUCAACGCAUUUGACCCAACUAUUGUGAGAUAACAGAUUUUUUUUUUCGCUGCACGAAAGGGACUGCACAAAAAAAGCAUUGUGUGGACGCCGUAGAAUGGUUUUGCAGAUUUCUUUGUACUAAAUGUUUUCUUUCCAUACUUUUUAUUUCUUAAUCAUUCUCGAAUGCGGUCUAAAUAUAUCGGGAUAUCCUGAGUGUGUACUAGGCCAUUGUGCUCAUGACCAAUGGACAUGAAAUGUUCUCGUAAAAAAUAUUUGUCUUGUUACACGUGAAUAUGUAGAUAACAUGGAUCCAAAACAAUGUAAGAAGGCUGCAGAGAAAGCUGUAUGAGGUCCUUUUAUGCAGUUCUUUUUUAUAUUGAAAGUGAAGGGAAUGCCCUAUUCUUUAGUUAUUUGAAUAACUCUUACAAAAAUAACCAUUGGAAGUACAUUUAUGCAAGUAGAUAUUUGUGUAACCAUUGAAGUUAGUUCUUUACAAUUGUUUCUUAAAGAACUAACAAGAGCUCCCCAGAAGUUAAAACAAGAACCUCUAAAGGAUCCUUCAAGAACAUUUACUUUUUCAGGACACCAGACACUAUGCAGGAUGUCUGUACAAUCCAUAGGAAACUCAGCUUUAAUAAAAUGUUAAAACAUAAUUUAGAACAUUAGAUGUAGAUUAGUUUAAAACACAGAACCUAAGGCCAGUGGGCUACUGGUGUAAAUGUACAGAAGAUGGAACAUAUUCUGACAUCUGAACAAAGAACCUUAUGCUUUUAACAGACAAUAACACUGGUAUAAAGGUUCUGUUCAGUAACAAAGUGUAGCGCAACUACCUUUCCUUGGAAAUUUGGUGUUUACCAUUUUACAUUUUACUUUUACAAUUAAGUUAUUCCUAGCUUGACAUCCGCCAAUUCAAUCCAGCAGUAUCAUACUGUACUGGAUUUCUUCUUUCAUGUGGUAUAUUCCCAAAGCUGUAAGCUCUUAAAUCAUAUUCUGAUUGUGCUUUUGCAAUGUUUCGUUGUCAUUUGCAAGGAGAUUAAAUACAUUCUAAAACACAA